AUGGCGAACAGGGUCGGGCGCAAGCUGAGUGCCGAGAAACCCGGGAGCAAGAUUGGCGAGGCCAUGCGCCUCCUUGACUUUGCCAUACCAAUCACGUCCAUGGCAGCCUCGUUCGCUUUCUUUGCCGCUCUCGUGGGACUACUCUCAGCAUUCGACGGCAAGGCCAUCUUCGGCUACCGAGUCGUUACUCUCAACACGCUGGUCGCCAUCCUCUCGGCGGCGAACAAGGCGACCGUCAUCUACGCUGUCAGCCACUCGAACGGCCGGCGGAAAUGGAUCAACUUCUCCAGCAGCCGUCCGCGACGUCUGCUUGGUUUUGAUCGGAUCGAGUCGGCAAGUCGAGGACCGCUGGGAAGCUCUUGGCGUCCGCUUUGGCAAGCUCUCUUGACAGUUCUGGCUAUUGCCAACGACCCCUUUGCACAGCAACUUGUCUAA